UGAUGAUGAUCAACGCAGAGUCAUGAUUUCUUUUUGCAAGCAAGGCACUAUGUGAUUAGUUAUUGGAGAAGUAGACAAAAGGGGGAAUAACUAAAAGGAGAGUAGAUUGGAGAGAGUGAAGGAGUGUUUUUUUUUUCUUCUUUUUUUGGGGGGGGACCUGUUGAUCAUCAGUGUGACAGACGGACACACAGAGACUACCUGAUCAUCCAUUAUGUUAUUGUCAAGUUUGCUUCUCUUCACCUUUUCUCGCUUUUUUGCGCCUCUGCUUCUCUGCUACCUGCCGCAAGCCUCCGCGCAGAAGCCUGGCUCCCGGUGGCUGAUCGGAGACAGAGACAGUCACUGUGGGGUCAUCUGCUCUCGGACUCAGGGGAAGCCGGUGUGCGGAUCGGACGGCCGGAGCUAUGAGACCGGCUGUGAGCUGCAGAGGGCGCGCUGCAAAGACAAAACACUGACACUGGCACAUCGCGGCCGCUGUCGAGGUAAAAAUUGGGUGAAAAUCGAUCAGUUGCCGGUGGCUUCAGCACCAACAUCCACGUCUGAGGCGAGAGACGUGGAGCUCAAAGAUGCAGGUCAGUCCAAGUGUCGCGUUGAGAGGAACCAGGCUUUGGAACAAGCCAGGAGACCUCAGGAGUCCAUGUUUGUCCCAGAAUGCAACGAGGAUGGAACAUUUGCGCAGGUCCAGUGCCAUACUCUGACAGGUUACUGCUGGUGUGUCACCACUGACGGAAAGCCAGUGAGUGGCUCCUCUGUGCACAACAGGACCCCGGUGUGUUCAGGGUCAGUAACCGACAGACCACCCGGGCCACCGAGCUCUGGUAGAAAAGAUGCUACAGCACUGCACAUGGAUGAUGGCUCCAAGCCCACCCCCACCAUGGAGACUCACGUCCCCCCUGAGGGUGAUGAGAUAACGGCUCCAACGCUGUGGAUAAAACAGCUGGUUUAUAAGGAGAAUAAGCAGAACAGCUCCAGUUCCAGAAAGCAAGAGAAGGUUCCCUCUUGUGACCAGGAGCGACAGAGUGCGCUGGACGAGGCUCGGCAGAAUCCUCGUGAGGCCAUUUUCAUCCCCGACUGCGGGCCCGGAGGCCUUUACAAAGCGGUCCAGUGCCACCAGUCCACAGGCUACUGCUGGUGUGUUCUGGUGGACACGGGACGGCCCAUCCCUGGAACAUCCACCAGCCAUGUUCCCGCUGUCCUCUCCUCUCUGUGUAACAGGUACCAGACGCCAGAGUGUGACGGCGCGGCGCGAUCUCGCAUCUCAGACACUGACGAUCCCUUCGAGGGCAGGGACCUGACAGGCUGCCCAGAGGGGAAGAAAGUGGAAUUCAUUACAAGCUUGUUAGAUGCCCUCACCACAGACAUGGUGCAAGCCAUAAACUCACCAGCCCCCUCCGGUGGUGGGAGGUUCGUUGAGCCGGAUCCCAGUCACACUUUAGAGGAGAGGGUGGUGCACUGGUACUUCGCCCAGCUGGACAACAACGGCAGCCACGACAUCAACAAGAAGGAACUCAAGCCGUUUAAGAAGUACCUGAAGAAGAAAGCCAAACCCAAGAAAUGCGCCCGCAAGUUCACCGACUACUGCGACCUGAAUAAGGACAGAUCCAUUUCCCUGCAGGAGCUGAAAGGCUGCCUGGGCGUCAGCAAGGAGGGUAGCUCAACAACAAGUGGCAACCAAGGGUCAAGUAGGUCGUCUGGUUUGAGAAGAGAAGGAUCCAGAAGCUGAGACGAGAGCAGAGGGCACAGAGGGAAGGCAUCAGUACGCUUGCUGACACGAAAGAGAAAGAUGGAGCAGAAAAAUUAACAAGUUCCUGAGUUUCAAACAAAAAAAAAAAAAAAGUGAACAGAAAAACAUGAAAAGAAAACGAAGCGGCGCCAAAAUAUUUGCACUUUUCUCCUCCCUAUGUUUGACAUUUUAUCUGUUUGUACGUGUUUUUUUUUCUCUUGAAGUGACUGCAAAGGUCUGGGUAAGAAUGAGAAUAUAUUUGUAAAAAGAUCACCACUGGAAGAUGUGUAUGAUACCACAUUUCCCCUUGUGUUUUUAGUCUGCUGUUGUGAUUCAUUCCGUCCUCACAUAACAGGAACGGGCACUAACACACAUUUUGUGGCCACUAAAUUAAACUUACAUUUCCCCUGUUACACAUAGUGGCCCACAGGUCAGUGGUAAAUCACUAAAGAGGAGCUUACAGUCAAAUCCAGCUCACGUGUUGCUCAAUACUUAAAACGAGGAGCUAUGGCAACAUAGACUUAAACGAGUGUGUAAUGUUGUAUGUGAGCAUGCAAUAUUGAGUGAACAGCAUGUAUCAGAAUCUAACCGUGACCAUGAAGACUAAUUUAUCAGCACAGAACUAGCUGAUUUAUCCCCCAUUGCACUGUACAGAACUCUCUAGAUACAUAUACACUUUGGCUUCAGAAUCAGAUCUUUGUGAACAAUGUAGUCUGUUUUUUGUUGAGAACAUACAGUACCAGUGUUGGGGAACGCUAGCUAACAGAACUUACCACACGGUAACUUAAAGUUGUAUUUUUAGUGCAACCAAAAACAAAUGCAAGCCCAUUAUGUUGUUUGUAGUUUUUCUCAGUUAUCAGCAUGUUGCCUGCACAAGAUGUCUCGAGGUUUUCUUUGUUUUUCUACUUUUGUAUAAAGUUUGUGCUAACAAAAAAUGAAAUAAUUUUAGUUAACAUAAAAAACAUUGCAAAAAGCUAACAGUAACAGAUUGUGGGAAAUGUGUAGCAGCUGUCAGUAAUAACAAAGAGUACUUUUAAAGUGAUUCGCCCCGCCCCAAAUACUGGUACAGAACAUACAGUCUUAGAAGUAUACUAACGCAGCCUAACACAUUUAGCACACAACAGGUGACACAUUUUCACAUGCACGUGGCAGUAUCAACAUAUUAAAGCUGCAUUGAUGAUUUUUUUGAGAUUCACAACCCUGAACAAUAAUUGCCUCAAGAGUUGCAUCUAGGGUUGGGUGAUUGGACGAAUAUAUUGGCUGAGUCCAUAUCCAGUUGUUGAUUUUUUUCAUUUUCAUUUGUUAAUUAAAUGGUCCCCCUUCUCGUGAAUUCCUCUAAAUAAUAGAUAAAUAUAAUCUGUAAAAGUGUAAUAUAUAGGUGAAGUGUUUCGGUAAAAUUACAUUUUCCCACUAAAGACCAUUGUGCCAAUAAGUAAAGCAAUCAAUUUGAACAUAUUGCCCAACCUUAGUUGCAUCCUUACAGAUGUAUCCAACACAGAGCAACCUCCCAAUCCAAAUAUUUAGCUCUCGUUUUAGCUCCGUUUUGCUCUCCACCAAUUCCUGAGCGAAAUAUCUGGAUAUUUAGCUGCUAAACACUCCACUAUGUUCACCAGUUAGUUGCUAACUUUGUCUUUCUGGUGUUGUUUGGUGCUGAGCAGGUCGCACAAAGUCAAUUGACUUGAGACUGCGGAGACCUAACUUUUUAGUAAAUGUGCCAUAAAUACAAUGAGUAAAGAGAAACUAAAAAAAGAGUGGCAGAGUUGUGUAGUAAUCAUCUUGUGGGUUUGUCUGUAAGAGAAACCCCUUUCACAAUGUAUUGUAUUUCAUGCCGAUAUCAAAAAAAUAUUAAUGCAGCUUUAAGGUCAAACCACAAUGAAGGUCAUAAAGUUUUGUCACUUCGUUGCUCUGUGUGUAAUUCUAUGUGGCUUGUUUUACCACCCUUCUUAGUUCAUAAAUCAUUACUCAGUUUCUACACAACUUAACAGCUAAAGAGUUUUUCCAGUGUGUAAAUGGUGAAUUCUGCAUGUUUUCAUUUUCUUUCUCACAAAAUGUUCAGGUGAUCAUGGGUUCGUAGGGUUCGUAGGGUUCUACUGGCUACCUUUACAAUAAUAUCAUCCAAUCUCUGACAAAGACCCCCUGGUGGGGAUUUUAUUUUUCCAAAACAGAUUACAGUCCAGAGAAUGACGUUUAAAUAUUCUUAUUAGUACCAGGAAAGAGAGGUGGCACAGAUGACUAAACCCGACCAGUAAAUGGAGUAAGAUGUUUACACGGCCCAGCAUUCCGUUAAUAUCAGCUCAUUUCACCCGUCAUACUCACGUUUAUUCCAGUUAUUGUAAACAAGAUGUGGCAUUUACAAAUGCCAGUUCCUAAAAUAAAUAUUUGAGUCUCCCCCGUAAUUUCGGAGUACGUUUUGUGCAUGUAAACACACUUAUUGUCUGUCCUCCAACAGUUGAUGUCAGUCCUGCUCUGUGAAACACUUAACCACCACACAUACUUGGAGCUUUGCCACCUAAUGCCAGGCAAUGCAGUAAGUCUUUUUAAAUACCCACAAGGGUGUGAGAUGAAAAGGAAAAACACCCAAAAAAAGACCUUAUGAACAAGUUUUGGAAUGAAAAUAAAAUUUCUUCCUCACAUUUGGGAACAAUUGAGUUGCAAAAUUGGAGAAUCAUGAGUUUGCUUUUGUGGUCUGAAUGCUUGUGCAUUUGUUUGGAGUUGUGUAUUUCUUAUAUUCCCGAGAGUCACUGCAGUGGCUCAUGAACAUGAUAUAAAAAAGGCUCCCAUUGUAAAUAUGUACA